AUGAAUAUAUAUUCUUCAAGUCAAUAAGAUUAAAUUCCAUCACCUGAUAAUUUGAGUUAAAUUAGUUGGAGUAAAAUCCAUUAGAGUAGUGAAUAGAUUUUGGAAAGGUAAUUCAUUUGAGAAUAUGAUUUAAAAAAGGUCAAAAAAGAUUCAAAAAAGACAACCUCAGGAUGUUUAAUAGAAAUGGUUUUCAAUUUAGAAAAUAUCAAGUUGCAAGUUUGAUAUUUCUGAAAAGAACGAUAUAGAUUUGAGAGAUUAGAAAAUUUAUGAAUUUGAUUAUCUAAAAUUAGAUUAAGAUCUGUUAUCCAAAAAAUGUCCAAUCAUUGUAAAUAUAUACAUUAAUUAAUAGAUUGAAGAUGUAAGGUCAAAAAAAAAAUAUCAAAUUAAACCAAUUUCAAUUAAAUCUGAAAUAAUAGAAGUAUUUAUAUAGAGUAGGAAUUAUUUUAGAAAUUAUUUAGAUUAAACAAUAAAUUUAUACUUACCCCUGAAAAUAUUUACAGCUAUUCAGCAUAGACUUAAAAGAUUGAUGAUUUGGCUAAAGAAAUAAGUAUAUAUUUUUAAUACAAUAAAGAAAUUUAUCACAUUUCCUUCUAAUUAAUAUUGUAUUAAUAUUGUCGUAAAACAAUUCUUCAUUUCUUAGAUGAAUUGACAAAUAAGCAAAUAAAAAUAAUAUUCUUAGAUCUAAUUUAAGGAUUGAUAUCUGCUUAGGAUAAUUAAUUAGUCUUAAAAUAAAUAACUUUAGAUUCUAUUUUAUACUUUGAAGAUUCUAAAUCAUUUAAAUUAAAUGAUUACACUGAUGCAAUAAUUGGAAAUAAUAGAAUGAAUUUUAAAGAUUUAGGUUUUUGUUUAGCUUAAAUCUUAUAAUUUAAAAACUAUUCUUCAAAUCAAAUGAAAAAGCCUUAAACAAUUAAUCAAAUUGAAUGGUUAAAAUUGUAAAUUGAGGAUCCUUUCUCUUCAAUUGCAUUAUAUUUGAUUUUGAAUGAAAAACCAAUAGAAGAAAUAAUGAAUUUAUUGUAAUAGAUUGAAUGCUGA